AUGACUAAAGAAUUUGUGGAUGAAUACGAACCUCUGCUUAUUAAAGAAAUCAAAGAUAGAAAGCGGAUUAAGUUUCCGAACAAAUCCCUUCUGCUGGCUGUGUGUGCUGCUUGUAUAGGAGGAACCUUUCAGUAUGGAUAUAAUAUAUCAGUCAUCAAUGCACCCACAACGUAUGUGCAUAGUUUCAUCAACCAAACCUGGAGGGAGCGAUACCAAACAAACAUAUCAGAAGAUGUUCUCACCCUGCUUUGGUCCACUAUUGUGUCGAUAUUCACAGUAGGCGGAUUUAUAGGAGUAACAAUCGGUGGGACAUUGUCUGUGAAGCUGGGGAGGAAAGGGACGCUGCUGACCAAUAAUAUAUUUGCAUUAAUUGCUGCUCUGCUGAUGGGUCUGAGUUACCCAACAGGAUUAUUUGAGUUACUCAUCAUUGGACGUUUUUUCACAGGAAUAAAUGCAGGUAUCGGCAUUUGUGUUCAACCUCUUUAUUUGGGAGAAAUAGCUCCAACCUCCCUCCGUGGUGCGAUGGGAAUGGGAACUUCUAUUUUCAUUACUAUUGGGAUCUUGACUGGACAAGUGAUUGGCCUCAAAGAGCUCCUGGGCAAAGAAGAGUACUGGCCCAUCCUGCUCGCCACCACAUGUAUCCCAGCCAUCCUGCAGCUCCUUAUCCUGCCCUGGUUCCCAGAGAGCCCGCGCUUCCUGCUCAUCGACAGGGGAGAUGACGAGGGAUGUAAGAAAGCUCUGAAGCAACUGCACUGCGCUGACUAUGAUUGUGAAUGGGAGGAUAUCGAGAAGGAGAGGAAUAAUUUAGUAGAUUUCCAGGCCAAGAAGCCCUGGGAGCUCUUAAGUGAUCGUAGUGUCCGCUGGCAGCUUCUCACCAUCAUCCUACUCAACACUGCACAACAGCUGAACGGCAUCAAUGCUAUUUACUUCUACGCAGACUACUUAUUCAAACAAGCUGGCAUUCCCGCUGAUACAAGACCAUAUGUGACUGUUGGCACUGGUGCCUGUGAAUGCAUCACAGCUUUAACAUGUGGUAUGCUCAUCGAAUGUCUGGGAAGGAAAGUACUCAUCACAGGAGGAUACACGCUGAUGAGUGUCUGCUGCAUUUUAUUCACGCUAACGCUCACUUUUCAGGAUGCCAGCCCAGUAAUUCCAUACUUGAGCAUGGUGUGUGUCUUUGCCUUUAUCCUGAGUUUUGGCUUAGGACCAGGUGGCGUGACUAACAUCCUGACCACUGAACUGUUCACACAAACAUCACGCCCGGCAGCGUACAUGAUCGCAGGAUCAGUGAACUGGCUGAGCUUCUUCUUCAUUGGCCUGGUCUUCCCUUUUAUUGUGAUCGGGCUGCAGCAGUACUGUUUCCUGGUGUUCUUGGUCAUUUGCUCCUUAAUGGCUAUAUAUAUUUUCCUUGUCAUUCCUGAAACCAAGAACAAAACCUUCCUUGAAAUCCAGAAUGAGUUCCAGACUCCCAAGAGCAGAAAGGCCUGCAGUGCUGAUGGAGUAAGCACAACACUGUUAUCAACAUCAAUAUGA